AUGUUUACUUCAUUAGGAGGACCAUCGCGGCCUCAGAUUCCGCCCAAACAAGCUCCCAACCCGCAAUAUCAACAGCAAACUCGCCAUUUCGAAGCAGCAGCUCCACGAACUCAAAUGGAAGCAAUGCCCCCCAACAGGCCUCCGCCGCCAGUCACCAAUGCAUACAACUCCGCAACAAUGCACCCGGUCUUCAUGAUGUCCAACUUCCGCAAAGCUCCGUUCCCGCUGCCGCCCACCCACGCAUUCAGUCCCGCCGCCACGGGCUAUGUCUUUGCAUCCCACCGGAACCCCAACACCACGAAACUGUGA